UACAUAUAUAUAUAUAUAGGUAUAUAUAUAUACCUUUUUUUUUUUUUUGUAAGGUGCACCAAAGAAAUUCCUACUGAAAGUUCAGUAAUAAAGAAAAUAAGCAAUAAACAAAAUAAAUAAAGAAUUAAAAGAAAUUGUUCAUCAAUUUAUGAGAAUAGAGUUAUGUUUUCUAGCGAAAGUUAUUAAAGAACGUGUAUCAGAUAAAGAAAGUAAGCAAAUUAAAAAGAUGAACAGAUUAACAUUGCAUGUAAGCCUAGCAUUAUUUAUAUUAUUUGCUACACAAGCUCAAGCGCAAAAUGAAUCCUUAGCUAGCAGUUUUCUAUCGGGUCUUUUGGAUACUAUAACUAGCACAGCAGACUCUAAAGAUUGUCCGGGUAUGUGUGUUCAUACUUUGGCUACGCUUAUAUGUUAUGAGGUAUUAGAAGAUGUUCCUUGUCCCUCGGCCAGUAUGAAAUGUUGUAUAGAACAUGCGCCAGCUAAAAAUAUUUCAUAUACAUCGACUACUACAACUACGAGUACUACAACGACGUCUACAACCAGCAAGCGUCCAGCAACUACCACGACUGCUAGACCUAAAAUUAGUUCAACUUCUACUCAGAAACCGAAAACAACUCAAAAGAAACCGUCUACUACAAUAGCGACUAAGCCUACAACUAGAAAACCUAUCGCUUCCAGUACAACAGCCGUAGCCACAAAAAAAGUCGAUAAAACGAAAGCAGAAGAAGAAAAAGGCGAAUGUAAUGGCGUUUGUGUAGCUGAUAGGAUAGCUGAGUAUUGCGAAGCCUAUCUUGUUACUAGCGGUCUUUGCAAAGAAGGCACAAAAUGUUGUGUGUCUUUAGAUGAUUAUACGAAUGUUAAGCUACCUAAGGAUUUAUAUAUACCAGCAAAACACAUGUCCAAUCUGAGUAAUCAACAAAACAAAACACGACUUAUAACAACUAAUAGAGCACCCGUAGCAGGCGGUUCAAAAGUGACGUCUGCUUCAAUGCCAUCUGCCUCUACUACUGUUAUCGCAACCAGUGCUAGUACUACUACAGAGCCGGCACGGACAAAGAUCAUCAGCAGUAGCUCUAAUCAAAAUAAACCCAGUAAACAUAAGAAAACUCAACCCACUGCUACAACGCCAACAACAACAACAACAACACCAAAUCCCCCCGAAGAAGAAGAGGAUGACGCUGAGGAGACAGAUGAUGAAGAAAAAACUGAAAAUGGACAUGUGUAUAAAGAAUGCGAAGGAGAGUGCAUCAAUGGUAUUUUGGCCAUAUUUAGUUGCGACGAGAUUGACUCGGACGCCUUCUGUCCAAAUCAAGAAGGCUGUUGCAUUACCAAUUCGCGACCUGAGACUUCAACGUUAGCUACAAAAAUAAGUGGAUUGAAACCUGCGCACAAAAUUGCAGCUAAGCCCUCACCGAAACCUGUUCACAAACCGGUAACACACGCUCCCCCCACAACUGGAGGUAGUGAUAUUUUCUCUCAAAUUUUAUCUUUUGCUGAAAGCACAUUAAGCGGAGCUACCAAUCCACCGUCUCCUCCGCCUACACCGGCCGCGCCCCAAAUACCACGGUGCCCUGGAUCUUGUUUGCUUAACAUUAUGGCAGCUUUCUGCAAAAGCCCAUCGGUACUGAUAUCUACGCCGACUACAUGUUCGAAAGGGUCCGUAUGCUGUGAUAAUUCCAACAGGCAUCCAACAACAUCAGUGCCUCCUCCUCCCACUGCUCCUCCAUAUAUAGUUAACACGCCUUUACCCGAUCCUAGAGAAGAAUGCCCUGGAUCAUGUAUCGUUAGCCUGUUAAGUUUCACUUGUUUUAAAAACGCUGAAAUGACCGACCUUUUCAAAUGCAAACGUUCCGGACAAACUUGUUGUGCCCCCAAAAGUAAAAUCUUGGAGAAACAACAAUUCCAAACCCGAAAUGAUUCUUAUAUUCAUUAUCCCUUACCACCACCGCCAGCCCCACCGCUUGGGGUGCAACAGUAUCCACCACAAUCUGGCUAUCCACCGCCACCACCACCUUAUAUGCCCACACAACCUGCAUCAAUGCAUCACCAUUACGCACCACCUCCUCCUAUGCCACCUAUUCAAAUGCCGCAGCAACCAAAUUAUGAAUAUUCCUUAUACGGGCCGAGUUUGGUACCCCAUAAACCUGGUGGAUUGGCGUCACCACCGUUAUCCCCACAGCUUAUACCCACAACGACGACGACUACGACAACUCCUCCGACAACGACAACCACUACUACGACAUCACGUCCACAAGUCUAUUCCAAAUAUAUAUGCGGCGUUAAGGGAACGUUGCGUAAUGGUCGUACAUCUCCAGCCUUGUCGCUAAUCUCCUAUGUACGGGCCAAAUACGGCAUCCAGAGAGAAUCGCGACAGCUAACUGAAAACUUCGGCCGUCCUACUGCCAUUCAAAAAACUAGUGAGCGUCUUAUACUUGGCUCCGAUAUUGUCCCCAUACAAAUACAUAAUGACAAAUUGGGCGACUUAAUACAAAACGAUGUUAUUGCAUCUAAUCAAGUGAGGUCUUAUCGGGAGAGCUAUAGUUAUCCAGCGACCAUAAUAGCCCAUUCUUAUCCAGAAAACUACACCAGAAAUAGUAAAAGACGUGCUCGUGUUGUUGGCGGCGAGGAUGGCGACAAUGGCGAAUGGUGUUGGCAAGUUGCUUUAAUCAAUUCAAUGAAUCAAUAUUUAUGCGGAGCAGCUUUAAUAGGAACACAAUGGGUCCUGACCGCUGCUCAUUGCGUAACAAACAUUGUGCGCUCGGGUGACGCUAUUUAUGUGAGAGUAGGAGAUUAUGAUUUGACUCGGAAAUAUGGUAGUCCCGGAGCUCAAACCCUUCGUGUGGCUACCACAUAUAUUCAUCAUAAUCAUAAUAGCGAGACGCUAGAUAAUGAUAUUGCGUUGUUAAAACUUCACGGACAGGCUGAACUUCGAGAUGGUGUAUGCUUGGUAUGUCUGCCAGCACGCGGUGUUAGUCAUGCCGCUGGCAAACGUUGCACUGUUACAGGUUACGGUUAUAUGGGAGAAACCGGCCCAAUACCUCUGCGGAUACGUGAAGCCGAAAUACCUAUUGUCAGCGAUACCGAAUGCAUACGCAAAGUUAAUGCCGUAACGGAGAAAAUCUUUAUAUUGCCGGCAAGCAGUUUCUGCGCAGGCGGUGAGGAAGGCAACGAUGCCUGUCAGGGCGAUGGCGGCGGUCCUCUCGUCUGUGAAGAUGAUGGUUUCUAUGAAUUGGCUGGCUUGGUUUCAUGGGGAUUCGGUUGCGGUCGUGUCGAUGUACCAGGUGUUUAUGUUAAAGUAUCCUCCUUCAUCGGCUGGAUUAAUCAAAUAAUAAGUGUUAACAAUUUAUAUUUAACAUUUACAGAAAAGACAAAAUACAAAGAGAGCAACAUGGAUUCUUCGACCGGAAAUUCUUUAAGCACAACAAACACAACAUCUGCAACAACAUGCUUAAGUACUAAUACAACGACAACAAAUAAUAUAACAAACGUUUCCGCGUCGAUUACGAGCAGCAUUAGCAGUACCAGCAAUUUACCGGCUAGCGGAAGUUUAUCAUCUUUAACAACAGCAGCUGUCUGCGCUACAUCAUCAUCAUCGUCCAGCCUACCGUUGCCCACACCGCUUUUGCAAGUCUUACCGCUGGAUACUGGGAAACAAGAUGAUAGCAAUAAUUUAUCAUUGGCCAGCGGCAUAUCUGAGGGUCAACGUUCAUUAUCCGCUGCACCUUCAGCUUCUUCAAGUCCAAUACUAAGCCCGCCGGGUAAAAUUUUCGGACGUAAUGCCAACGGAACAAUGGUGGCUACUUCUCGGCCGAGCAACGAGGCUGAAGUGCAAUUGUAUCGUGUUUUGCAAAAAGCGAGUCUGUUAGCUUAUUACGACACUUUAUUGGAAAUGGGUGGCGAUGAUGUACAACAAUUAUACGAAGCUGGCGAGGAGGAGUUUUUAGAAAUUAUGGCUUUAGUUGGUAUGGCUUCAAAGCCGUUACAUGUUCGACGUUUACAAAAAGCGUUACACGAAUGGGCCAAUAAUCCUCAGCAAUUUCAAACGCCUGUUGCUAAUAAUUCCGGUCAAUUUGAUACGCCCGCAAAAUCAUCUAUCAUAUUUAAUACAGAGCCUUCGCCGUCGCCCUCUCAUUGUGGACCACGACCGAAAUUUCCACCUUUUAAUCCCACACCAGCAUUUAAUCCCACUCCGCUUAUGAACACUGUCCCACCCUCGACAUCUGCUCAUCUACUUUCACAGAUUUGCUCUUUACCCGCAACAAUACAACCACCUAGUGGCCCCCUAAUAGUACCCCCAACUGGUCCAUUGCCUAAUGAACGUUCACAUCCCCUCUUAGCCAGUCAAACUUCUACUACAGCUAGUGGAGUAACACCUUCGAAUACCUCUCACCAGGUUACGUCUAGUUCUCCUCAGCUCACACCAGUAUUAAGCGAUAUGCAAGUGGCCCGAAUAACUGUAGGCGCGGAAAAGAUUGCCGCCCAAUUACCGCAACGUGAACCGCGAGCUCAUACCUCAAAAAAACGUACUUCACGUGAGCUGGAACAGGUAAUAGCUAUGAGUGAACAUGAUCCUAGACGCAUGGACGAGAUACGUAAGUAUUCGGCUAUUUAUGGGCGAUUCGACUGCAAACGUCGCCCUGAGAAGCCGCUCACGUUACACGAAGUCUGCGUAAAUGAAGCUGCCGCUCAAUUGUGUCGUCUUGUACCCGCGUUGUUGACACGUCGCGAUGAGCUAUUCCCUUUGGCCAGGCAAAUCGUUAAGGACGCGGGUUUUGGUCAUUCAGCGAGCAUAGCUCGUUACGGUAAUCUUUUAACGCAGAUGACACAAAACUCUGCCCUACCGUCUGUCUCAAUGGCCGGAACUAUCCGUUCAUCAAUAGCUAUAAUUGAUUGCGAAUCGAACGAAUCGAAUUCGACUCCUUUAAAGCGGCAACGUCUUACGUCGACCGAUGCACCAGCUAAUUUAACGAGUUCGGAUAAUAAUCGGGAUUUUAACGAGGACUCCCGAUACAAUUUAUUUGCUAUGUAUCAAAAAUUUGCAGCUAAAGCACCUUUCGAUUUAACGGAUAUAGCGAAAUUUUCUUUGAAUAAACCAAACGAAUUCGAGGAACAAGACAAUGAAUCACGUUUCUCAUUCAGUAACUCAAGUUCACCACCAACCAUACCAAACAAUGGUCCGGAAGAUGAACGCAUUACAGAUAAAUCGUAUAAUCGUCCAGAUUCUAUAAACAAUUCUUUAGAUUUACAUUGUUCGUCUUCUUCAAAUAAUAAUAUUAACAAUCAUCAUCAUCAUCAUCAUCGUUUAACAAUUGAAACUUGCUCCACAUCAGCCACAAAAGGUCUUUCGUCCUUGAGCAGCGGUGGCGGUGGUGGUGGUGACGUUCAAGUGAUAUCAGCCUCUGGUAAUCAUAUCAUCGCUGUUGCCAACCCGGCUUUAAUAAUGAGUCCCACCCUAGCUGAGGCCAUUAGUUUAAAACGCGAAACCGAUUCACCCGAUUUGUAAAAAUUCAUUUUAACAUAAAUUUUUU